AAAUGUAAAUAUGAGAAACCAAAACCAAGGGCCAAGAGAAUAAAAGAGACGUUAGUGCCUAUCCCGCCAUCCUUUAAUUUUUCCUUCGUUCUAUACAAAAACUCCAUUAAAACCCCACUCACUGCUAAACAUAUCCUUAGUUUCCAUAGAAUUCUCUGGUUUCCUCUGGUUCUUGAUGGGCUGCUCCACCUCAAGAAUUGACCACCUCCCGGCGGUGUCUCUCUGUCACGACCGCUGCAAGUUUCUUGAAGAAGCUCUUUACCAGAGCUAUGUUUUAGCUGAUUCUCAUGUCGCUUACAUGCACUCUCUCAAAACUCUAGGUCCUGCUUUAAGCCGUUUCUUUGAUCAUAAUCUUGAGAAUAACAGUCAAUCUGAUUCCGCUGCCGCUAAACUAAAUCCACCACCGGAUCACUGUCCUUCAAGUUCAGAUUCAGAUUCGCAUCUUGAUUUUCCGUCUGAUGAUUCCGAUGAUGAAGAGAAAGAGAAAGAAACUGAUUUGCUUCAAAGAAUUAACACUGAUUCUUUUGAUCGACAAACGCCAACUCCAUCUCGAACGAAUUCAAAUUCUUACCGUUACUAUAAUAAGUACGACGGUUAUGCAAAUAACGGUGGUUAUGGUGCAAUCUCGCCACCGGACGGCGGUUACGCUUGGAAAAUUCCUUCGCCUCCUCCGCCUCCACCUAGUGGCUCCACUUGGGAGUUCUUGAAUUUCUUUGAAACGUACGACAGAUUUGAGUUACCAACCAAGGAUAAAGAACGGAUUCAUGAGGUCAAAUUUGAUGGAGACUCUAUGCGUUUGGCUAAAGAGGAGAAACCGAGUAAAAAAACUGAUGAUGCCAAGAAAAAUGAGCUUGAUGUAGAAAUUAAACCUGUUUCAGAGAAGAAAGAUUCAACAGAGUCUGCUCCAUUGAUGGUUAUUAAAGAACUAGAGGCUCUAUUUGAUAGAGCUGCAGUAUCAGGAAAUGAAGUAUUAAAGAUUCUUGAUACAGGAAAAUUUCGUUAUUAUCAUAAGAAUUCUCUUUAUCAAGGAGUUUCUUCGAAGAUAUUGCAUGUGGUUGCACCAUCUUUUUUGGUGACACAUUCAAAAAUCUACUCCACAGAGAAGAUUGGAUUAGUGCCCGUGGGAUUUGAUGAAGAUUCGAGUGCAAUUGCAGUGAAUUUGUCUUCAACUCUCAAGAAAUUAGGCAUGUGGGAGAAGAAACUUUAUGAUGAAGUGAAGGAGGAGGAAAAAUUGCGUAUUAUGCUUGCGAGGAGCUAUAGGCAGAUAAAGAACAUGGUGGAUAAAGGUGCAAAGGGGACUAAUAAAGCUGAUUCUGCAGCAGAUUUGAUUAGAGCAUUAUCAACUAAAAUCAAAGUUGCAAUUCAUGUUAUUGACAGAACAUCAAUUACCAUCAAUCAGCUCAGGGAUGAAGAAUUAUGGCCACUAAUCAGUCUACUGAUUCAAAAGUUACUCGGAAUGUGGAAAUCAAUGCUGGAUUGUCAUAAAUGUCAAUCCCAAGCAAUUCUCCAAGCUAAAAAUCUAGAUUCUGUGGUAUCCAAUGGAAUUAAGUUUAGUGAAACUCAUCUUGAAACUGCAAUGCAGCUCAAGAUUGACCUUCAGAAUUGGCAUUUGAGCUUUUCUGAUUGGGUGACAGCCCAGAAAGACUAUGCCAGGGUUCUCAACGGCUGGCUUCUAAAAUAUCGUCCAAAUGAACCUCAGGAAUUACCAAAUGAAACGUCAGAACCCCCUAUGUUCGCAUUCUGCAACCAGUGGUCAGCCGCGGCGGGUCGAAUCUCGGAAACGGAAGUGAUUAAUGCUAUUCAUGAAUUCUUCAUAUACAUAAACCAACUCGUAGAAAGACAUUACACAGAAUUGCAACAAAAAGUGGCUGCAGACAAAGAGUUAGAGAAAAGAAUGAAAAUAUUGGAGAAAAAGGAGAAAAUGAUGCAGAGGAUAUUGCAAUCUCGAUCGAAGAAUGCAAGCGGAAUACAAUUUUCUCGAGAGGGUGUUCAUCGGAGUGAAGUGACUUACAAUGGUAGUUUUCAUUUAAGUCUCAGACAGAUUUUCAUGGCCAUGGAGAAAUUUUCUGCGAAUAGUGUGAAAGUCUAUGAAGAACUUCAUAUGAUGAUUGAAAAAUACAGCCUGAACCGAGGGAACAGGUGAGGUCUUAAAUUUGUAAUGGAUUUUGUAUUUGUAUAUUUAUAUUGACUUGUUUUGGAGAUAUUCUAUAUAGAAGAAUGCAAUUUUUCAGUGAUGCAGUCCCCAAUC